AUGGUUCAGCGUGAAGAGGAACAAAGUCCACAAGCCACUGCCAGAAUUACCACAAAACUCCCUGACCCACAGAAGAACCCAAAGCGGUUCAGCGAAUUCGACUUGCUAGGCAAGGUAUUCAUCGUAACAGGCGGAGGACGGGGGCUAGGGCUAUCAUUGGCCGAGUCAUUAGUUGAGGCUGGGGGUCAAGUCUACUGCUUGGACCGCCUCGCAGAACCAGAUGAAGAGUUUAAUGAAGUCGCUGCCCGUUUUGCACCUUCAUUUCAAGGCACUCUCCGAUAUGACCACGUGGACGUCCGCGACACGCUUGAUCUCGAGAGAGUCAUUGAGUCGAUUGCAUGCAAGCACUCAAGGCUUGACGGCCUUAUCGCCGCGGCAGGCGUUCAGCAUAUCACUCCCGCUCUCGAGUAUGCUCCUGACGAAAUGAUGAGAAUGAUGGACAUCAAUUACAAGGGUGUCUUUUAUGCUGCCACAGCAUGUGCCCGCCAGAUGAUCCGGUAUGGAUGCAUAGGCAGCAUCGUUCUCGUAGCCAGCAUGAGUGGUUUUGUCGCCAACAAAGGGCUGAUAACUAGUGUGUACAACUCGAGCAAAGCAGCUGUGGUCCAGUUGUCAAAAAACCUGGCGAUGGAGUGGGGGCGGGCGAUUAAGCACAAAGACGGCGAAAUCAUUGGGGGAAUCAGAGUAAAUGCCCUGUGCCCAGGCCAUAUAAUCACGCCGAUGGUCGAGAAGAACUUCGAAGAGGCUCCGGGGUUAAAGGAACUCUGGGAGAAGGAAAACAUGUUGGGCAGGUUGUCGUCUCCCGCAGAGUACAGAGGAGCAGCGCUUUUCCUGCUCAGCGACGCAAGUACCUUUAUGACGGGGGCUUCGUUGGUGAUUGACGGUGGUCAUACCGCUUGGUAA